AAAUAAUUUAGUUAUUUGAUAUUAAUGUCUAUGCAGUUUUAAAAUUUAAGGAGAUGUACAAAAUUCCAGAUGACCCUAUUGCUGAGGAUGAAAUCCCUGUAAAAAGUUACUUCAAAAGCAAAAGUGCAGCCAGUCUUGAUGAAACAGUAAGAAACCAUGGCCGGGCCGAUGCAACCACCACCACAACCAUCGCAACCACUACUAAACCUACAUCUUCAAACACUACUACCACAGUAUCACCAGUUUGUACAAAUAGCGCAAAAGAUCUGUCGGACUCACGAACGAAACAAGUGUUGGAACAGCCAAAACAAAAUAGUACUAGAGAGACUCCAGCUGUUAACUCGGUCAAGUCAGCCCCAACAUCCCUAUCAGAUGCGUUUUCAUUUAUUAAAGAUAGCGAGUUUUACAAUGAGGAGGACGCAGAAAAGGCUGCUGAAGAGAACAGAAAAAGGAAAUUGGAGGAAAAGCCUGCUUCUGAUCAGGCAGAGCCACCCAAGAAACCAGAACAGCCUCAGAGUUCAAGUUCAGCGGUGAUUGUGUCCACAAGACAGCGUGGUAAUCCUCUACUUGCGCACAUGCGCAACGUUGUGAUCACCUACAGAGACGACAUUCUCGCUGACUAUCUGGUCGGUGCUAACACUUGUGCUCUUUUUCUCUCCCUAAAAUACCACCGCCUUAAUCCUGAUUACAUAUAUGAGAGAUUACGGCAGCUAGGUAAGGGUUAUACAGUGCGGAUAUUGCUGAUAUUGGUGGAUAUACCCGACUCUGCAGCAUGUAUACAAGAACUUACUAAAGUAGCCCUGUUAAGCAGUCUUACUCUAAUGCUGGCGUGGUCUCCUGUUGAAGCAGCUAGAUAUUUGGAAGCGUUUAAGAUUUACGAGAACAAGCCACCUGAAGUGUUACAGGGUAUCAAAGAUACUAGUUAUCAAGGACACUUGAACGGGUUUCUUACCUCUAUUCGGGGUGUUAAUAAAACAGAUGUUGCCAGGUUAAAAUCAGAAUUUGGGACUGUUAAGAAAGUGCUUGAAGCAGACAAAGAGAAGUUGUCGUCACUACCAGGCAUUGGCGACAAGAAAGCCGGGAGAAUACACGAUUUGAUCAGACUUCCAUUCAAAAACUGAACGAUAGCAAUAUGGGACAGAUAGUGGUCCAAAAUCUUGAUGUUGUUUGCGUACGGCGCAGUACCAUUCUUACGUUAACGGAAU